AGAAUCUUCACCAAAAACAAAUUUUUUCCACAAACGGCAAUCAGGCAGGGUUACUACCUAGACAACCUCCACUACUCGUAGAGGAAAACCUAGCCGAAACGAUUCUUGACAAGUAUGUAGAACAUCAUCAUUAGAACAUCAAAUAUUGAUUUUUAUAGUCCAUUAUGCAAAACGAAAACCUUCGUAUGAUGAUCUAUUUGGACAAGCAUCGCAAUUUGACGCCGUAUGAUCUAUUUGAAGUCGUUGAGAACAAGCAUCGCAAUGCCUAUCUUCAGUGAAAGAUCGUACUAUAUUGAAAUUUGAAAAUUCUUACGCCAAUCAUCUUGAAUUUUUUUAUCCCCAAGAAGUUUCGACUAGGAAGAGAUCUUGAAUUUUGAUUUUUUCUUUCUAAUCAAACUCAAAGUAGUCUACGUAUUUUCUUAUGGUAAUACUACAGUCGAAAAUGGCACGCUUUUCUAGUCUUUCUUUGACGUUGGCCUUGACGUUGCUUUGGGCGGACAACGCUUUUUUGCUCGAGGGUCGGGCCUCGAAUCUUGGAGUUGGGGCUACGCGUUUCGGUUCUUUCCGAAAACUUCGAAGUGAUCCAGCCGCCAAUUAUAGGCAUCUGCUGGAAGAAGAAGGCGAAGAGGACGACACUGCCAGGGAAGGAAUUGCCAGAGCAGCGGUAACAACCACAGCUACCAGCGCACAAGAAGCUACAGCUACCAGCGCACAAAGAGCUACAGCUACCGGCGCAAGUGCGAGGACCAGUGAAGAACUUGCCUCCCCCGUAGAAGAAGUGCCAUGCAAAGGGACUGAAGAAGGGCAAGAGCGAGAUGCUUGCGACUGUGCAAUCUGUUUCGAGUCGUUACCACGACCACGACUUCUGAACGCGGACGAUUGCGAUACGUCCAACGAGAUUCUUUCUAGUACAAGAAACGACACCCGGAGGACGCAAAUAAAGGUUUCCGCAACCACUACAAAAGCAAAGCUGCCUACUUCAGCAUCUUCAUCUAGUACAAAUCAAUGGCAAGCUUUCCUUGAUAGAAGGUGUGCUGGCCUUCUUGAUAGAAGACGAGGUACUAAGCGCAACAUCUUGAAGGAACAAGAAGGAGUGUCUCAUCUCGAAUGCGGGCAUCGGUUUCACGCAUGUUGCCUUUUACCUCACCUUGUGAAGCAACUCCAGGAUGCUUGUAAGAAAUACGAUUCUCAGGGACCAAGUGAAGACGAACGACAGCGCCGUUAUUUGUUCGAAGACGAUCAGCGACUCGUUUCUUCUCAUUUGUCCGUGUCUAGUACGUUCCCUCUUUUUUGUGUGGAGAAAACGCCGCAACGUACUACGAGAAGAGAUUCUUCAUCUUCUGCAACAGCUAGAGCUAGUAGCAGCUUUUCAUCUACUUUCACCGAAACUAAUAUUGAUCAAGGAGGUCACCUCCUCACGGAAGUAGCUCAAGAUGCGCAUUAUUUUUACCCAUCAUGUGAGGCUUUUUUCGACAAGUGGGAUCAAGAUCAAGAGAUGGAGGAGACUCUAAAGAGAACCAAAAAUAAAGCAGGUCUAACUCUUGCAAGAGAAGCCAAGCCGCAAGAAGAACAGGUCGUGCAUGAGUUGCUUCGGAAAUAUUCGAUUUUCACCUGUUAUGAAAGGAAAAAGUGCACUCACACUCAACAAAUUGACUAAGAUUCAAGUGGGAAAGGAGCUACUUUCUUGAGUGUGAGUGCACUUUUUCCUUCCAUACCUGUCCGACAUGCCGCCAAAGGAUUGGGCAUGAUACUAUUCAAAAAGAGGUGAUGCGAAAGAUGCCUGCCCUGAUGAAGGAUAUGCGACUAUUUGCACAACAACGUUCUGGUUCUUCUCACGAACAUGUUGUUCGUCAUCGACAUGUUGUUCAUGGAGGAAAGGUGCGAACAAAGAUUGCGAAGCCGAAGGAUGCACACCCGUGCAGUGGAGGGGACUGUCCCUAUCGUCAUCUUUUCGAUCCUCUCCUGCACAGUAGACAACGUCGAGAAAGUACUACUUCUACUAGUAAUGCAAGAGAACAAGAAACUCCUAGUAGUUCUAGUACUAGUGCAAUGGAACAACAAGGUCCUAAUAGUGCUUAUGCUUCCACCGCUCAACAUCUUGCUGAAGCUGCAGAGAAUCCUUCUCAACAUCUUGCUGAAACCGGACAGGGAAAUCUUGCUGGGAGCCUUUGUCAGUGCGACGCUGCGCAACUGAAGGAGCUCAUUGAUCCUAUAAAAAGCGACUUUGGACGCUGGCGUAGACUCUCGAGUUCUCGUCAUGGACGAUCUAUCGAGUGUUGCUGCAGGACACAUUCUGGGCUUUCCUUUCCGCUCGUACAUUUCCUCGAAGAGUUCCAACAUGAUUUGCGCUUGUGCCGACGCACUGCUCGUCGCGAGAUACGAGUUAAGAGAAAGUAUAAAUAUUCAGUCCAUUCAUUUAAGUAUUUCGCUUCAUCUUUUUUCCAAUCAAUCAACCAAGAAAAGUUUAUUUACCUUCACAAGAAUAAAAACCAAGAAGUGAAGAUAUCAAGAAGUAGUGCGUUGUUUUGAAGAUUGCAACUGCAACCUAUUCAAAUUUGGUGUCGGGACUCGGAAGGACCAGAACUACAACUAGACAACUGUGUACAAAGUUGUGUUUAAGAAGUGUGCUUUUAAAUGAUACUGCCGCGUCAUUUAGCACCAGCUGCAGCUCUAAGAACUACAAUUUGUCUGACGAAGCAACAAGCCGAGCUGUAAACCUCGAGAAGGAAAAAGGCGUAUUCGACGUUGCUUGCGAUGCUUGUGAUGGCGGAAUUUCGAUCGAAAAGGAGAAGGAGAUCAUGUCUUCUUCUGAUUCAGCAGAAGACUCCUCUGACGACGCACUAGAAGGAGAUGUGACCAAAUUGGCUGAAGGUACUGAAGCUGGCUCACCGAGGAAGAGCAUGGCGAAAGCGGACAGUGUCGCGAAAAAAUGGAAGUCGGAAAGCAUCAUGAAAAUGAAGCUGAGUGACAGGCUUCGUCGUGUUGGCGUGAGUGGAGCAUAUGACUUUGAUGAGGAUCAAAUGAGCGAGGACGACGAGACAGACGAAGACGAACGUGAGCGUUCUGCACCCAAGAGUAGACCUCCACUACGGGAAGAUAGGUGCGAUCAUGCACAGAUGAAACGUCUAGCGUCACGACUUCGAGAGGCACUGGACCUAGGACCAGCAUCAAGUGGCGGAUCAGAUGAUAUUUUAGCAGUCGUUAAUCCAGAAUUACAAUUAGCACAAGACAGUUCAACAGGAGACGGAGCUGCUCAGCACCAAAAGGGAGGUUCCGUUUCUUCUACCUCGCCAGCAGAAGUAGGACGACAACAGGAGCACCAACAACAACAGCAGAAUGCCGUGUUGUAUUCACCAGCAGAAGUAGGACGAUGGUUAUGGUUAUCUGCGUAUCAGGAGGUCAGAGGAAAAAACUCGAUGGCUUCCGACGGACAAAAAAGGAAGUCAGAGGAGGAAAAACCAUGUCCUAUAGUGGAGGACCUUCGACGACAGCUCAACGACAUUGCGGUGUCGACGACAGGUCAGGAAAGCGCGUCAUCAGGGGAGAGACCCCCGAGAGGCGCGAGAACGUCUCGUCCGCUGAAAAUGUCGUUGGACGAUAAGGGUCUUCUACAACCAGCAUCUCGAGUACUAGACCUACACGAAAGUGGUCCUGCUUCCAUAGACAAAAAUCUUCCUUCUUCCGAUGAGCUUCCCGCCGUACAUUGUUCAAAUGAGAUGCCAUUACUUUUAGCAGUGAGCAGCAGGAGGACUCAAAGUGAAGAAAGUGCUGCCUCUACCGGGUCCUCCACGGCAUUGCAGUUACCGAUAAAUUCUCGAAGGGUCUCAAGCCCGGGUGCCGUUCGUCGUUUCCAAGAUGCAGCUCUCUACAAAGGAGGUUCUGGCACUUCUAGUGCUGUGGAUGAUGCGAAGUCAGCAGGGGAUGCGAAGUCGGCGGCAGGAAGUGGAAAUGGAAAUACAAAGUCUGGAGAUAGAAAGGCAUCGCUCUAGAAGAGCGGACUCUUGGCGUUACUAGAAGACUCUUUUUUUAACGGUGAUCCUAGGUGAGGCUGGAUCUGGAUUGCGGAGCAAGUUCUUCUACCUACUUGUUGGAUAGAUGACUCCUCUAUAUCUACAUAUUAGUGUUAGUCAAGCAUCCGAGUCCUCUCAUAUUAAUCUCCAGGAUCCAUGGACUACUUUUCUCUUCUCUUAUUCCAUUCACCUGGUUCAUGCAUGAAUUCGGAUUCUGGUGGAGCAGCGUUGUGUGGCUUAUCAUUUUCAUCUUGUGCUUUUAAACAUUACUUAUGCACUCGUUUAAAUAGUUAAACUAUGUGCGUUCUUCUAUCGAUUAAGUAGCCUGGGAGCACAUAAGGGGUAUUAAAACAACUGUGUGUCGAAUUCAAUGGACAUCUGCUGUAUACCUCUUUUUAUCUUUUUUUUUUGAGCUUCAGCUCCUCUUCAUACAUGGCAUGAGAGUGUUCCUGGCGACCUUCAUUAUAGCAUGGCUACAUCUUCUGCAACUAUUUCAAAUAAUCUAUCGUAGCACACUAAUUGAUCGCACAAGGUACACCAUGUUGUUGCGGCCUUUUCAGAAACCCCCACCACCAUCAUGUUCACUAGAGCUUCAAGAAUGAAUGUGGGAAGUAUAGAAUCUACUCAUAUGCGAUGCAUAUACCACUCAGUAAGAUUCAUGGCUGUACUAGUACUUGAUAGGAAUUGAAUUGAAUGAUCGAAGUAGAUUGCAAUUCAGGGAGUACCACAAACGUAUACAACACUAACACUUUAUACACUGUUUAUGGAGCGCGAGGACACGGAUGCGCCGUGCGGGUCGUGUGCGAUAAUUUCGUGACCGUCCGUGGUGGAGCAAACCCACAUAACAUCGAUUCAUCACGAGGAACAGGGGUGCCCUUUAAGGUGGAGGGCAUACUGUCUUAACUACAACACCUCUGCAACUACCACUAUAUGUUUUAUUUUUGUGUUGCUGGACGAGUAUAGCUACACAUCAGAUGUUCUUGCAACAGUCGCGGGACUGGCAUUAGCAAACAAAGAGGAUUUCACGUCGAAGGAAAUGUCUCAACUAUGAAUAUUUUCGGGAGUUUAUCUUCUCUCUUUGUUUUUUUCUGCUAGGCAGUUACUACACAAAAUGUCUUCAGG